ACACAAGACACAAUCAGUCGUGAUGUAUUUUGCAACAGGCGUCUGGUCGUCCAGGCGAAGAGAGUAUACACGAAAAUUAUGUGGUCCAGGUAUCGGUUCAUUUGGGUAAAUACAUGUUGCUACAUAUUUCUGAAUUAAUUGGAGUCAGUCAAGACAAUACUAAACAUGCUGACGUCUAAUAGUGUGUGCUACAUUUUGGUUAGAGAAUUUUUUUUGCUGCACGCUUUGGUCCCAAAUCCUUUCSGUGUGUUGUUGGAGGCUCUGACAUGACACAUGCGGGCUAGCUUCAAACGUGGUUCAAGUUAGCUAGCUAGCAUACCGGUAGUUAGGAUUCACAGUAGCCAAUAAUCAAAACAUUGUAUUGCCGUGCCAGUAUGUACAUUGCCAGAGAGUAGGUAACGCUACUGUGAACUAGCUAUUUGAGUUAUAUAUUAGUUAAAUUAGGCAUCUUAAGGGCAUGUUUUUCUCAGCGUGUGGUGUCUAUAGUACGUCUAGCCAGUCGGCUGAGGAGGCAAAGAAGGGAAAAAUWGAAGGCAAGGGUCAGGUGUCUUGUUUUCCUUCCUCGGACCCAACUGAAGGCACUCAAAUGGGGAGCCAUACCCUGGAGACCAUGACCUAUUCGAGUCAUUCACUCAAAAGCGGUAAGCUCUCAGCCGUCCAAUCAAACACAAGGCUAGAGCUAUUAGUCCCUCUCUCACACAAGAGCAGGAUAAAGCACAAACUUAAAGUGGAGCCUUCCAUUGUCUCUGCUCCAGUCCUCCCUAGUGUAGCUAUUAGCAACCAUGGGCUUGAACCUGACUCUGAGUGCAUUGCUCCCACAGACAACACUCAAGCAAAUCUGAGAUCAGAUCUAAAGCAGAUCUCUGUGUCUCUGACCUGCUCUGACCUGCCCCUGAGUCAGUCCCCCUCCAUGCACUCCCCUUGCCCUCCCUCCACAGUGCACAUCAAUAGACAGCCCCUGCCAGUCACACACGCCUCUUACCUCUGCUGCAGCCCUGUGGCACAGGUCCACGACCCAUCCCUAACCACAACCGCAGCCCCCAUUAGAUCCACAAACCAUAGACAACGCCUGAAAGGGGGCCUAAAGCACAACAGAAAAGGAGUCUCUCCUCUCUCCAUGCGACACAAGAGGCAUUCGCGGCGCCGGUGUAACAUCCAGUUCUGGUGCCAGGUGUGGCUGAAGCGGGGGCACAGAAAGUGGCGGAGAGCCAGGUGUCUCCACUGGUUCUCCAUGAUCAGAGCUAAAAGACUGGYGGAAACCAGGAGACUCCUGUCUAUUGUCAACACACAGAUGUCUUAUAAAUACACUGGGGAAUUGGAGGAAAGUCAGAAAUGGCAGAAGGUACGCAAAGGAAAAGAAGUGGUCACUACGGCCAUUGCAUGUGAUGGUCAAGGCCUGGACAGUGCAGAGGACAGCCAGGCAAAGGGGAGUUUGGAACAGAAGGUGUGUCCGUCUGUGGGCACAUCAGUGCUGUGUAGCAACCCUGUCAAGGAGGAGGACCAGGGCAUAGUCAGAGCUAGGGAUGCGGCCACCGCCACUAAACAGGACACAUUGGUGACAAAGCGAGCAGUGCUGCAUCYACCUCAGAGCCAGUGGGCGUCCACGGACGUCAGCUGGGAAGCAACAACGACGCUCAUCCAUGAGUUCCUUGACUGCUUCUAUGUGAAGUACGGAAGUUUCAUCCCAUUGAGCAAGAGCGAUGUACUGAAGCACCUUAACAAGAAGCUGAACACUGACCUUACUAUAUGGAAGUAUUUAAUCUCUGCAGUAGUAAUGAAGUACCAGGCUGUCCUAGCGCAUAGAAUGAUGCCCGCUUUCCAGGUGGUCUACAACAAGCACACUCUGACACUGGAAGACUUGUCUACGCUGGACGAUCAGAACUGGCUCAAUGACCAGGUCAUGAAUAUGUAUGGAGAAUUAAUCAUGGAGUCUGCACAACACAAGGUCCAUUUCUUUAACAGCUUCUUCCACCGACAGCUCAUGACCAAAGGAUAUGAAGGKGUGAAGAGGUGGACCAAGAAGGUGGAUCUCUUCUCCAAGGCUCUGCUGCUGAUACCCAUUCACCUGGAGAUCCACUGGUGUCUGGUGACGGCUGACACCGCCAGCAAGAGGAUCCACCUCUACGACUCCCAGGGCAUCGUUUUCAAGGAGGCUGCUGAGAAUGUUUUAAGGUACAUACAUACUGAAGCGAAGGAGAGGAAGCAAACUGCAUUUCAAAAUGGCUGGAAGAUGUAUAUCAACGAGAGAAUACCACAACAGACAAAUGAAAACGACUGUGGAGUUUUUGUGUUAGAGUACUGCAGGUGCCUUGCUUUGGGGAAACCGCUGCAAUUCUCCCAAGGGGACAUGCCGACUGUGCGAAAGAGAAUCUACAGAGAGCUCUGUGAAUGCAAGCUACAGGGCUGACAAAAUGGACCUUUCACCUUUUCACCAUCCUCACUCACCUCACCUGGGUCAUACUAAUUAGGGCACACUGUAGCAAAAUGUUUUGCAAUGGUAAAACAAAGUAGAGAUUGUCCUGUCUUUCAAGAAUCCUUGAGCCAUAGAAAAUGGGGGGGGGGGGGUUGGUUUGGACCCUGUCAUUGUGUUAGCUGAUAUAUCUAAUUAGUGGAGAAGCAUCUCCACCCCAUAUUCUGACAACCUGUCAUUUCAAGCCGCAUGGUAGCAGACUGACUAGCUGGUAUUUAUUUUAGCUUAUGGUGUAACAAAAUAUGUUGUGRACAGUCUGUAAUGACAGCAGACUAGUUGGUCUCCUAGAUGUUGACAUUUUUAUUUUAUAAAGAACUUGUAUGAACUUGGUACUUACUGACUUAACAAAGUCUGAGGCAACUCUAUAUACGUGUGUCCACUGUUUUUCAAUGGUUAUUGCAUUAUUCUACAUGAGCUUCAACAACGCUUAGACUAUUGUUGAAGGCGGCAGACCGAAUAGMAACUUACCAUUGAAUGUAUUGAACAUACGGAAGUAUUCUAUCUAGUUUUUGUUCACAAUUUCGUUAUAGUUUGUGUUUUAGACAUUUCUGUAUGGGUCAAAUUUAAGUUUUUUUGAAUUGGAAAAAUUGCAUUCAUUUAAAUGUAUUCUGUUGUCCCUUUGUCAGUUAGAUUUGCAAUUUACCUUUAAGACUUAAGUUUUCCUAUUAUGUCAUGUCUAUCUCCCGGAGGCUCAGUUCUGUAACAGGUCAGCAGGAGGUUAAUUUGGAUCAGGUUUUGAGCCAUUAAAAAGUAAAUCAGGGCCCUUAUUCAUAAASCGUGUUAAGGUAGGACUGCUCUGAGAAGCUUUGAGAAUACAGUCCCAGAAGGAUACGUAA